CAGGAAUAACACAGUACCUUAUCGUUCCAUAGUAGUAUCUGUAUAUAUAGGUAUAGAUUAUAUGCAUGCUUUGAAAUCCCACAGAAACAAAUAUGGCAUCGAUGGAGAUGGGAAACCCGAGUAGUAGGGGUCGCGAGAGAGUAGAUAUAUUACCAGACCAACUCCCAGAUAGGGAGCCGGAAGACUGGAUUGAGUACUUUGAGUUCAAGUACUCAAGGGACACACCAAGUGAUGCCCGCAAUGCGAUACUGGUGGUGGCGGCGCUCUUAGUUCAAGUCACCUAUCAAGCUGGGAUCAAUCCCCCAGACUACAUAUACAAGAAUAAAGCUACUGAAUUUUCCACAUUUUCCCUCACUGUUUUCUUGGUGGCCAAUACUCUAAGCCUUUCUUCGGCAAUGGCGAUGAUUGAAUAUCUUACGGUAAACAUGCCCUACCAGAGAGAGCUGAGAAUUGCCGGUUUUUGCAUGAUGUUUGGAUAUGGUUGGUCUUCAUGUAGCACAGAACCGAUCAGUGGAACUAAGACAGCCUUAAUCGUAGUCGCUUCCUUGGCACCAUAUCUAAUUAGGACUCUGCCUAAUCUGUUCAAGAAAUGCUGUUGAGACAGAGGCCAGGGUAACACCUGCGAUCCCUGUAGUUUAUCAUAUAAGUAAUAAAUGUAUGGCAAAAAUUUGUAUGUUCAUUUUAUUGGGAGCUUAACAUUGUAAAACGAUUACGAGGACAGAAAUCUGCAUUCGUUGAAGAGCAUUUACAAUCAAAUUAAAGUUCUUACAUGUUUUAGUGCUCUAACAUGUCUGUUCUGAUGCUACUAUAUUCUAACCACAAGAAUUUGACCUUUGAGUUCAAUUUCAGAGACCAGAAAAAUAUCUUGGGGACUUGGAAUCUUGGGAAAAAGCUGAAGCCGCUCUUUUAGAUGAACUCAAUGAAUUUGGGAAACCCUGG